UGGGAUUUUGGGUCAUAUUCGAGCCAUUUGUUUGUAAAUAAUUCUGCACACGUGGGGAAAGGGUGGAAAAACAGAGGAAAUAACCAUGCCACAGGGGAAAAUCAAGGUGAAAACGAAAGUUCCGGAUGUGGUGAAGCAGAAACUGAAGAAGAAGAAAGGUGUCGCCUUCACCAGACGCGCCAAUGCACCCAUUCAGCCGAAGAAGGCAAAACUGCAGGAGACUCAGAAGAUUAAGCAAAUGCUGAGCAAAGCUGUCAAUAAAUCCGUCGAGGAGGACAUCAGAGCCCGUGCCCAGGAGGGUGAGAUCAAUUUCAGCAAGGCCCAGAAUGCUGUGGCAAAGCACAACAGGAAUAACAAGGGAAAACCUGCAGAAAUGAAGACUGAAGGCCAAUGACCUUGAAGAAUCGCUGACAGUUUGGAAUUUGUUUUGGUUUUGUGAUUGGAAAUAAAGAAAGAUUUUCAGGGUGGAA